CUGAGUGCAAGGAGAAUGAGGUUUGCUGGUUUCGAAACCCUAGGUCCUCUGGUUCACCUUCUGGUUCCUCUUGUUAUUCACUGGAUCGCUGAGGAGAUGACUGUUUCAGUGCUCGUUGAUGUUACUACCAGUGCUCUGUGCCCUGGGAAGUCGACUUGUUCUCAAGCUAUUUACCUCAGUGGACUUCAACAAACGGUUGUUGGAGUAUUCAAAAUGUUUGUGCUUCCUCUCCUUGGUCAACUUGCAGAUGAAUAUGGACGCAAACCAAUACUACUCCUUACCAUUUCCACAUCUAUAGUUCCUUUCGCUUUACUUGCUUGGAGUAAAUCGAAGGUGUUUGUAUAUGUAUAUUACGUAGCUCGAACAAUAUCAUAUAUCAUAAGUCAAGGAAGUAUCUUUUGCAUAUCAGUUGCCUAUGCGGCAGAUGUUGUGGAAGUGAGUAAGCGAGCAACAGCAUUUGGAUGUAUAACUGGACUUUUUUCUGCUUCACACGUCCUAGGGAAUAUACUUGCACGUUUCCUCCCAGAAGAUUACAUAUUUGAGGUCUCAGUAUGUUUGUUGAUCAUCUCCACUGUAUACUUAAAACUAUUUCUGAUCGAGACGGUUAACUCUUCUUCUCGGUUGGAGCAACAUGUACCUUUAAUGCUUAUGGUCCAAAAUGUGUUUAAUGAAAGAUGGAAUUCAAUGAAAGAUACUGUCACUGUGGUUAGCCAUAGGGGCACACUCAAGCACAUCACAAUUGUUUCAUUCUUUUAUGAGUUGGGAAUGUCUGGAAUUAGCAGUGUCUUGCUGUACUAUCUAAAGUCGGCUUUUGGUUUCAGCAAGAAUCAAUUUGCAGAAAUCCUAAUGAUGGUUGGAAUAGGUUCCAUAUUCUCUCAGAUUCUGGUGCUUCCAGUCAUCAAUGUUUUGAUGGGUGAGAAAUGGGUCCUUUGCCUUGCGCUGGUCUCAUCAGUCUGUUAUGGUUUGCUUUAUGGCUUGGCUUGGGCACCUUGGGUACCAUACCUUGGUGCUUCUUUUGGGGUAGUAUAUGUUCUUGUUAAACCAUCAACUUAUGCAAUUGUUUCACAAGCAGCAAGCUCAAAUGAUCAGGGAAAAGUUCAAGGAUUUGUUGCAGGUGUUCAGUCUACUGCUAGUUUAUUAUCUCCACUUGUAAUGAGCCCAUUGACUUCCUUGUUUCUUUCAAGUAAGGCCCCAUUCAACUGCAAAGGAUUCAGCCUCGUGUGCGCAUCAGUCUCCAUGGUGAUCGCCUUGAUCCAAGCAUCUGUAUUGAGACUUGAAGAAACAUCUACUAAUCUUGAAGAUAGCGAAUGUAUUCAAGAACCACUUCUCUCUUGACAACUACUUGCCACUCACCCUCUAAGUAUGCAGUUGAACUUUCGCAUGAGCAACCUUCAAUAGCUCACAAAGUGCUCAUCAAUCAAAGCCCAACAAGCCAAAGGAAUAAACUACAGCAUCUGCUUCCUCAAUAAAUUAUCAGAGCAAUCGUCAAUGAAUUAUCAGAGCAAUCGUCGAAGACCCUUUCACUUCUUAGGCACGCAUUUCUCUUGGUGAGGUCUUUCUCCAUACCACAAUGAUUUUAAGGAGUUCAUAGAUAGACCACGUCUCUUGUCCAGGGUAUUUAGUUAUGAUAAUUUGCAAUGGAAAAUCUGAUAUUCAUGUAUCACCAUCUUGAGCAUUUGUGGAAA